CAGAUUGGACUAGUCUUCAAAGUAAAGGCGAUGGCAUUUUAUCCACUGCAAAUUGCGGGGCUGGUUCUUGGGUUCCUUGGCAUGGCGGGAACUCUUGCCACAACACUUCUGCCUCAGUGGAGAGUAUCAGCUUUUGUUGGCAGCAACAUUAUUGUCUUUGAAAGGCUCUGGGAAGGGCUCUGGAUGAACUGCAUCCGACAAGCCAAGGUCAGGUUGCAGUGUAAGUUCUAUAAUUCCUUGUUGGCUCUCCCGCCUGCUCUGGAAGCAGCCCGUGCACUCAUGUGUGUGGCCGUUUCUCUCUCUUUGAUUGCCCUGCUUAUUGGCAUCUGUGGCAUGAAGCAGCUCAAGUGCACGGGAUCUAAUGAGAGGACCAAAGCAUAUCUUCUGGGAACUUCGGGAGUCCUGUUCAUCCUGACAGGCAUCUUCGUUCUGAUUCCGGUGUGCUGGACAGCCAAUAUCAUCAUCAGGGACUUCUACAACCCUGCCAUCCAUAUAGGUCAGAAACGAGAGCUGGGAGCAGCACUCUUCCUUGGCUGGGCGAGCACUGCUGUCCUCUUCAUCGGAGGGGGUCUGCUCUUAGGGUUCUGCUGCUGCAACAGAAAGAAGCAAAGACAUAGAUAUCCGGUCCCUAGAUACUGUGUGCCACACACAGAUAAGCGAAGAAACGUGACAGUGGCUAGUAAGUCCUCCACCAGUUAUGUCUGAUCCCUGCUUUCAU